UUUAAAUAACGGUUUAGAACCACUGGAUGCUUGGCUCAACGAAGUAGGGUUAGGUUAUUCUUUUUCAACAAAUAUUCUUGGCUGAAAAGAAUUAUUGUUAAAAAUGAGUUUUCGAAGUCAGUUGAGAUACAUGAACCCUUACGAUUUACAUAAAACUCUAGUGAAUGAGUACAUUUUGAAAAGGCCAGGCGACACCAAAUUGUUGAGAAGAGAUACAGCUCGAGAUCGUACAGACUUAGAUGUCAUACGCGAAAACCAUAAAUUUCUAUGGGAUGACACAACAACACCGGACACCUGGGAAGAACAAUUUGCCAAAAAGUAUUACGAUAAAUUAUUUAAAGAGUAUUGCAUCGGCGAUUUAAGUCGUUACAAAGAAAACAAGAUAGCACUCCGUUGGAGAGUAGAGCAGGAAGUUGUCAUAGGAAAAGGGCAAUUUACUUGUGGUAAUAAAAUAUGUACAUCCAAUGAAGCAUUACGUACGUGGGAAGUGAAUUUUGCCUACAAGGAAGACGGCGAGAAGAAGAAUGCUUUGGUUAAAAUACGUUUGUGUCCAGAGUGUUCUCAAAAGUUGAACUAUGUCUCGAAAAAACGAGAAGUAAAGAAAAUGAAACAAAAAGGACCAAGGCGAUUGUCUACAUUAGGUUUAAGGAAGAGAGACGAAGAUGGGAAAGAGAAAAAUGAGGAACCCAAAGCUCCAGAAAGUACACCUUCCAAUUCAACGUUGUGUACGAGUUCUGAACCAAAGGAGGAAUCUCCCUGGGAGAAUAUUAAAGUGGAGGAAAGCAAAUCAAGGGAUGAGGAAAUGGAAGAAUAUUUACAGGAAUUACUGCUUUGAAUAUUGUUUUUUACAAAUUGCUGUUUUGACUUAGUCUGUACCUUUUUACAAUUUUUGAACUUCUAGUUAUUUCUGACUGCUAAAUAAAGCUAAAAUAUAAAGUAUAGUUCAGUUUUA